CUUUUCUAAAAGUUAAGGUUAAUUCCAGAAAUUCCUUGUUCUUGUAAACACAUAGACACAGUCACACUCACACUCACAGAGAGUGUUAAUUAAUCGACAUAAGUAACGACAAUGGCUUCCUCACUCGCUAGGAAUUGCUCUCGCUUCUCCAAAGCCAUCUCCGUCCGUUUCAUGAGUAACCUACCGGUAGACACCGUCUACGGAGGACCAAAGCCGCAGAACCCAAACCAAAGAGUGACACUAACGCAUCUCAGACAAAAACACCGGAAAGGAGAGCCGAUCACCGUCGUAACCGCCUACGAUUACCCAUCCGCCGUUCAUUUAGACUCAGCUGGCAUCGAUGUUUGUCUUGUCGGUGACUCGGCGUCUAUGGUUGUUCACGGUCACGACACAACACUCCCUAUCUCCUUAGACGAGAUGCUUGUCCAUUGUCGUGCCGUUGCUCGUGGCGCUAAGCGGCCUCUUCUUGUUGGUGACUUGCCAUUUGGUACCUACGAGUCAAGCGCUAGUCAGGCGGUUGAUACUGCAGUUAGCGUUUUAAAGGAAGGAGGAAUGGAUGCCAUUAAGCUCGAAGGAGGAUCUCCUUCUAGGAUCACUGCUGCAAGAGCCAUAGUUGAAGCAGGAAUUGCGGUUAUGGGUCAUGUGGGUCUAACUCCUCAAGCUAUCAGCGUUCUUGGUGGUUUCAGACCACAAGGCAAAAACAUAGCUAGUGCUGUUAAGGUUGUUGAGACUGCCAUGGCUUUACAAGAAGCUGGAUGUUUUUCGGUUGUUUUGGAAUGUGUUCCACCUCCAGUGGCUGCUGCUGCAACCUCUGCCCUCAAGAUACCAACCAUUGGUAUUGGGGCUGGACCUUUCUGCAGUGGACAGGUGUUAGUCUACCAUGAUCUUCUUGGCAUGAUGCAGCAUCCACAUCAUGCUAAGGUUACUCCAAAGUUUUGCAAGCAGUAUGCUAAAGUAGGAGAAGUGAUUAACAAAGCCUUAAUGGAAUACAAAGAAGAAGUCUCUAAAAAAGUGUUUCCAGGUCCUUCUCACAGUCCUUACAAGAUCACAACAAGCGAGCUCGAUGGGUUCUUAACCGAGUUGCAGAAACUUGGCUUUGACAAGGCUGCUUCUGCAGCAGCUUCAGCCGCUGAGAACAUGGAGCCUUCAAAGUAACAACGAACCUAUAUUGUAGUAGUAGUAGAAUACAAAAAAAAAAAAGAUCUUUCUUCAAAUGUGAUUGGGCCUUUUACUUCUAAAGGCACAUUAUGUUAAUAAACUAUUUUAAAGCCCA